UCGUUAGAUUAGAAUAAUUUAUAAUAAUAUUUCAACAAACGUUUAAUUUUAAUGAUAAACUUUUUAAAAAAAUAUAUCUGAAAAAAUUUCUUCAAUCAAAUGCAUACAUCCUGUAUGCAUUUACAUGAGAGUCUGAGGAUAUCCGUUAAAGGUUAUUAAGUAAAAAAAGUUGCAUUAUGUCUCAAAGGAAUGAUUGUGAAGUAACAGAGGAAUUAAAUAAUUCCAAUAAAUCCGAAGACCAUGACCAUGAUGAAUAUCAAUAUUUGCAUUUAAUAGAGAAAAUAAUUAAUACCGGAGCGAAGAAAAACGAUAGAACCGGAGUCGGUACUUAUUCGAUUUUUGGAACGCACAUGCGUUUCAAUUUACAAAAUGGAUCAUUUCCAUUGUUGACCACAAAACGAGUUUUUUGGCGAGGUGUCGUUGAAGAAUUAUUAUGGUUCAUUAAAGGAUCAACUAAUGCAAAAGAAUUGGCAGAUAAAGGGAUUCAUAUUUGGGAUGCCAAUUCUUCACGUGAAUAUCUUGAUUCUUGCGGUCUUACAUUAAGAGAGGAAGGUGAUUUAGGCCCUGUAUAUGGAUUUCAAUGGAGAUAUUAUGGUGCUGAAUAUAAAAAUAUGCAUACAAAUUAUAAAGGACAAGGUAUAGAUCAAUUGAAGGAUGUCAUUCAAAAGAUAAAAGACUCACCGGAUGAUAGAAGAAUAAUAAUGACAGCAUGGAAUCCAGUUGAUAUCCCAAAAAUGGCUUUACCACCUUGUCAUUGUCUCGUACAAUUUUAUGUACAAAAUGGAACGUUGUCGUGUCAACUUUAUCAAAGAAGUGCUGAUAUGGGUCUAGGUGUACCAUUCAAUAUAGCAUCAUAUUCUCUAUUAACUUAUAUGGUGGCUCACAUUACAAAUUUAAAGCCAGGUGAAUUCGUGCACACAAUGGGUGAUUGUCAUGUAUAUGUAAAUCAUAUAUCGGUACUUAAAGAACAAGUAAAACGUACACCGAGGCCAUUUCCAAUAUUGAAAAUAAUUGGGGACGUUAAGGAUAUAGAUGACUUUACGGUUGAUAAUUUUGAGCUAAUCGAUUACAAUCCACAUCCAAAAAUUAAUAUGCAAAUGGCAAUAUGAUUUUUCUUUUUUGUCUUCUUUUCUUUUCUUUUCUUUUCCUCAUUUUCUUUCUUUAUCUUUCCUAUUAGAGACUUCAGGUACAAGUAUAAAAAUAAGAACUUCUUUUUUUCUUCUUUUCUUUCUUUUUUUUCUUUUUUUUUUUUUUUUUUUUUAAGAAAUUUUCCUUAACAGACAGUAUAUUAUUUUAUAUAUACUUUUGAUCUGGUGAAUAUAGAAUAAAUGUAUCUUCUGCUUGUGACUUCUUUUUUUUACUUUUUUUUUUCUUUUUUUUUCUAGUAAGUAUUACACUUUAUUAUAUUUCAUUUUAUUUUAUUAUUAUUAUUAUUCUUUUUUUUUCUUCUCUAAUAAAAGUUAUAUUUCUAAUAAACCUGUACCUUAAAAAGUAUACUCUUUGAUAGCAUUUUAUAUAUAUAUAUAUAUAUAUAUAUAUAUAUAUACAUAUAUAUAUACGUAUAUAUAUGUAUAUAUAGAUAUUAUCCAUGUGCGAGUCUGUCCCCCCUCCCCCUGCCUCCCCCCUCCCCUUGAUGAAUAUAUAAUUAACAAAAAUGUAAUAAACAAUGAUAAUUCUAUCAUGUAAAUUAUAUACAAAUUACAUGAUAGAAAUAUAAGCACGGGUUGCAGACAAGCAUAUGUAUAUUUGUGUUAUUUUAUGUUUGUAUUAUUUACGUGUAUAUGUCUAUGUAUAUGUGCUUGUGUGUAUAGAUUAUUAUAUAAGAAGACUUACUAUAAGCAGUUCCCAACUCAAACACAAUAAUGUGACUUGUUUAUAAUAUUAUGAUAAUUAUAUCUUAAUCGAUCUCUGUAUGAAGUGAUAUAUCAGGAAAUAUAUAUAUAUAUAUCCUCAUAUAUAGAGAAAUUAAAAUUAUUUUUAUAAAAGGCAAAGAGAUGUGUAGCUGAAUUUUUAUAUAAAUACAUUUUUUUAAGACACGUAUCA